CUGCCCUGGGGCGGUAUUAAAGGCCGCGCUGUGACGUCAUACGCACGCGGCAUCUUUGUCAGUGAACAAAAUGGCGACGUACGUCCUGACCGCCCGCAGGCUGCAGCAAGCCUUGAACCAUGGGAUUCGGAGGUACCAUCUUUCCGCUAUGUGUCGGCGGGCCAAAGUAGCUAUGAGUUACUUUGAGCCCAAUGAGUACGUCAAUUAUGAAUUACUGCGGAAAAACAUUGACAUCGUUUACAAAAGGUUGGACAAGCCCAUGACACUUUCGGAAAAGAUUGUGUACGGCCACUUAGAUGACCCCGUCAAGCAGAAGAUAGGCCGUGGGGAGACGUAUCUGCGUCUGCGUCCGGACCGGGUGGCCAUGCAGGAUGCCACUGCUCAAAUGGCCAUGCUUCAGUUUAUCAGCAGCGGCUUGCCCACAGUAGCCGUGCCGUCCACAAUUCACUGUGACCACUUAAUCGUGGCUCAGACUGGCGGAGUAGAAGACCUGGCAAGAGCUAAGGACCAGAAUGCCGAAGUUUAUAAUUUCUUGGCAACGGCAGCAGCAAAGUAUGGAGUCGGCUUUUGGAAACCUGGCUCUGGCAUCAUCCAUCAGAUUAUUUUGGAGAACUAUGCCUAUCCUGGCGCCUUAAUGAUUGGCACAGACUCCCAUACUCCGAAUGGUGGUGGCCUGGGUGGCGUCUGUAUCGGCGUUGGCGGAGCGGAUGCAGUCGAUGUGAUGGCCGGCAUUCCUUGGGAGCUGAAGUGUCCAAAGAUUAUUGGGGUGAAGCUCACAGGACAUCUAUCAGGCUGGACUUCAUCAAAGGACGUCAUCUUAAAAGUGGCAGGCAUUUUGACAGUUAAAGGAGGCACUGGUGCUAUAGUGGAAUAUCAUGGGCCAGGCGUGGAGUCCAUCUCUUGCACAGGCAUGGCCACAAUCUGCAACAUGGGCGCUGAGAUUGGAGCAACCACCUCGAUCUUCCCCUACAACCACAGAAUGAAGAAAUACUUGGAAAAGACUGGCAGAAAAGAGGUUGCUGCUUUGGCUGAAGAGUUCAAGGACUUGCUUGUUCCUGAUGAGGGCUGUGAAUACGAUCAACUCAUUGAAAUCAACCUCUCCGAGCUUAAACCGCUUAUUAAUGGUCCUUUCACCCCCGACCUUGCGCACCCAGUGUCAGAGAUUGGGGCAACGGCUGAGAAAAAUGGUUGGCCUCUUGAUAUUCGAGUAGGUCUGAUCGGCAGCUGCACCAACAGCAGUUAUGAGGAUAUGGGCCGUUCAGCUGCAGUGGCCAAGCAGGCAAUCAAGCACGGGCUGAAGUGCAAGUCCCAGUUCACCGUAACCCCCGGCUCCGAGCAGAUCCGUGCUACCAUUGAGAGAGAUGGAUACGCUCAAAUUCUGAGGGACUUGGGUGGGCUUGUUCUUGCCAAUGCCUGUGGGCCCUGCAUCGGACAGUGGGACAGGAAGGACGUUAAGAUGGGCGAGAAGAACACAAUUGUGACCUCCUACAACAGGAACUUCACCGGGCGCAACGAUGCCAACCCCGCCACGCACGCCUUCGUCACGUCACCCGAGAUCGUUACAGCCUUUGCCAUUGCUGGCACCUUGAAAUUCGAUCCUGAACGUGAUUUUCUGACCGGAGCCGAUGGGAAGAAGUUUAAGCUGGAGGCACCAUCUGCUGAUGAGCUGCCCACCAAGGACUUUGACCCUGGCCUGGAUACGUAUCAGUACCCGCCAAGCGACACCAAGGGCAUUGAAGUGAACGUUGACCCAAAGAGCCAGCGGCUACAACUACUGGAACCAUUUGACCGUUGGAGCAAGAAGGAUUUGGUGGACAUGAGAGUACUGAUUAAGGUGAAAGGCAAAUGUACCACCGAUCACAUAUCAGCAGCUGGGCCGUGGCUCAAGUUCCGCGGGCACCUCGAUAACAUUUCCAACAACCUGCUCAUCGGCGCGGUUAACAUCGAGAAUGACAAAGUCAACCAGGUCAAGAACAUGAUCACCAACGAAUAUGGACCCGUGCCUGACACAGCCCGCGCGUACCAGAAACAAGGCAUCAACUGGGUGGUGAUCGGAGAUGAGAACUACGGCGAGGGCUCUAGUCGGGAACACGCUGCCCUCGAGCCCCGGCACUUGGGAGGUCGCGCCAUCAUCGUCAAGAGCUUUGCCCGAAUUCACGAAACCAACCUGAAGAAGCAAGGCUUGCUGCCCCUCACCUUCUCCAACCCCAGCGACUACGACAAGGUGCAGCCUGACGACAAGGUCUCCAUCACUGGGCUGAAUGAAUUUGCACCUGGAAAGCCACUCACGUGUAUCCUUGCGCACAAGAAUGGCAGCAAGGACACAAUCCAACUCAACCACAGCUUCAACGAAGGACAAAUCGAGUGGUUCAAAUCCGGCAGCGCACUCAACAGGAUGAAAGAACUGAAGAAAUAAGGAGGCCCGCUGGAUACGGUGUCCAAGCACUUGAUUGUAUUAUUGGAGCUGUCCCUCGUCCGCCUUGUCCAUCGCUCGUCCUCCAGCGAUCGUUUCCGUGUUAUCAGUAGUCGUGCCCACUCCAUUCUGAUGGACAAUCAAUAUUCGGCCUGCGCUUGUGAUUUGACAUUUUAAAUAUAAUCUGACCGUCGUCUCCGACCUCCUCGUGAAGUCUCCGUUGGCCUGUGGGAAGCUAUUUAUAUUUUUCUUCUGUACAUUUUAUUUUUGUGUGUGUGUGCUUUUAGUUUUAUUGUGUGUUUUUUUUUUUUGUUGCCCCCCCACCCCUUCCCCGACUCGCCAGUGGAAACCGAAGAUCCGCAUUUGGUUUUCUCGUGACCUUUUCUCAAGGUGUCGCCAAUCAAGUAACGUGGUUUUCAAAGAGAGAGAAAAACAGUCGGCUAAUAAAAUUGGAAACCAAAAGCUA